AUGACGCAGCCACGCCUGCGCGCCCCCCUCGCUACCUAUUCGACACACACGGCGAUGCGCGUGCGUAGAGCAGGGGCGGAGCCGGAUUCAACGACCCAGCCUCUGCCGUCAGGCUUUUUCCGGUGCGUCACUUCCUGUUUGGCGGGGUUUUCGACCUUCCGCGCUCACCGGGGCCGAGGGCGGGCUCCAGUGGCGCCCGAGAGGUUUGGCAUGUCGACCAGACGGAGCCGGCGGCGCUCCGGGGCCGCGGAGGAGAGGGACGGCGGAGCAAGGCGCUCAGAUCUCGCGUCCCCGCCCCUGCCUGCAUCGGAACCCGUGCUGCGGAGGUCUCAGAGGAAAUCUGCAUCCUCGACUGAAGUGCCUCCAGAGCUCUCUACCCCAGUCCCCAGAAAAGCCAUCACCCUGAAGAAGAUUGUACCACCCGAAUCUGUGGAGACUUCCACCCCAACCUUCAGGAAAACCAUCACCCUGAAAAAGAUCCUGCCACAGACUCCAGAGGCUGCCCUCUCUGUAGGCAGAAAGCCCACCACAGGGAAGAAGCACUGGGUGGGGACCCCUAAGGCCACCCCUCCUACUGCUCGAAGAGCUGGCACCUUGAAGGAGACUGUGGACCAGGCCCCAGAGACCCCUGCCUCCAGGGGCAAGAAGUCUGCAGUUAAGAAGAAUGUGGCCCAGACCAGAGAGAUUACACUUUUGGAGAAGGAGAAUUCUCUACAAGAAAGUGCCCCCUGCAAUAAAGGCAGCCCUCCUCUCACUCCAGCCCCAGCUCAGGAAGUGACUACCACUGUGCUAAGCCCCCUAAACCCUAAUACCUUCAGCAGACCAGAGUUCAUGGAUGCCAGAGAUCUGGAGAUGUCCAGGAAAGUUCGGCGCUCUUACAGCCGCCUGGAUGACCUUGGCUCAGGAGCCGGUUCCACCUCAACACCUAACUGCCGCCGCCGGUCUUUCUUUGGCUUUGAACGGCUACUCUCAGGGGAGGAGCUAGAGAAUGUCUCUCCUGUGGUGGAAAAGGCCUCAACAACCCAAACGUUGAUCCCCUCUGCUGAGCCCUGGGGGCUGGACUCUGCCCUCCCUGGCAUCACCGUGACCAAGGAGAAGCGUCGGAAGAGGAAGGUGCCCGAGAUCUUGAAGUCAGAGCUGGAUGAAUGGGCUGCUGCCAUGAAUGCCCAGUUUGAGGCCGCUGAGAAAUUUGACCUCCUGGUGGAAUGAGAUAGACGAGAGGAGAUCUCCCAAUGGCCUGGACUGCUCCCUCCCUGAAUAUAGCGUUUGGCCUCCUUCACCCUCUGCUAGGAGCCUGGAGUGUCACUGUUGGUUCCCCUUUUGCCCCUUCUAGAGGGACACUGGCCUUUGCCCCUUGGGCUGCCUUGGGUCUCUGUAACCCACGGACGUUCCUUAUUGGCACGAAGCAGGUAUAUGGCCUGUUGCUGAGGGAUGUGCGCCUCGUUCCUCCCCCCACUUAGCCCCCGGGGCUGCUGCACCAGCCUUGCUGAGGCCUGUCCAGUGGGUGUGGAAGGCAGCAUGUCACCUGCUGAGUUUCCUCAUUUCCCCUUUCCCCAGGUUUUACCCAGAAAGAAUAAAGGUGGUAGUUGGUACAAGGUGAUUAAAGUGACAGGACGCUGGCCGCUGGGAAGGGGAGAGGAGGCCCUGCCCCCUGCCCCCCUGUCUUCCCUGCAUCCUGGGCCUGUGUCCUCCUGGCUUUUCCCCUAGACCCCAGCAGGUAACCUGCUUCCACAGCUGGGGCAGCACUGAAGCACCCCCAAGAUUAUCAGAACACCCCCGAGUUUGGGUGGCUACGGAAAGCCCCUCUUCCAGCUUGCAUCUGUCUCAGCAUGAUUUGGGGGUUUCACUGCAGUCUGAGUCGCUGCUCCCCCUGGGCCCGGCUGCCCUUCAGGAGGAUGUGGCUCUGGGCUGGCCCCCCGGCCCAGCGGGCUAACCCAUGGCACUGGUAUGUUGGAUCAAGGUGGGUUCACGACCCUCCUAGGGAAGGUUUGAAGAAAGGGAGGGCCACAGGGCUGCUCCUUCCAGGACCCCAUGGGGAGGGUGGUGU